AUUAGAUGAAGUUUGAUAUAUUGUUGGGCAACUCAACACAGCUAACUUUCCAUUAAAUAAAAUGACCAUUUAGUGUGGAAUAAUACAAUAUUGAAUACAAGACUUGACAUUUCAUAGAGAACAAUGUUUUUCUAUAGCGUAUCAUUCAUUUUAAUGAUCACAAGUUUCACAGCUGAUGUGGCAGUAACACAAGAGGGACAACAAAAUGAUGGCUUGAUCAAUGACCAAGGGCUCCAAAAUCAAGAUGGAAUAUUGGUCUUUUAUCAAAAUCAAAAUUUAAAUGAACCUUCAAUCCCAAAGAUUAAAAAGCGGAGCAUACCUGAUCCAGAGGAGAGAACAAGCGAGUUAAAAACUAAUUUAAAUGACAACAUAACAACAACACCAUUAUAUUAUGAUUCUGAUCCUUUACCCAAAUACCUAUGUGAAAUAGAUUUGAUUGAACCUGUAGGUCCAUCAUGUGCAAAUAGUUCAGUUAAUUCUAUGUCCUAUGCUUAUACAUGCGAGUCACGCUGCAAUGAUCCUAAGAUGAAAGCAGGAGCUUAUAUGGGUCCUUAUUGCUCCUGUCAUCCAUUAUGUUUGGUGUCUCACGACUGUUGUCAAGAUUUCAAACAGUUUUGUCCGGAACAUUACAAGAUUGGAAGGAGAAAGAGGGACAUAUUUACCAGGACCCCAAACUCUUCAGCUUAUGUCGAGUGUAUGAACCCCUUCAGUAAAUAUCAGAGAGAUUAUACAUUUUGGAUGGUUGGGCACUGUCCCAUAGACAAUAUUAAUGAAACAGUGAGAGGGAAAUGUGAAGGCGAAAUUACAGAAUUCAUACAAAUAGUCCCUGUUGUGUCCCAAGCAACUGAUGUAAUUUACAAAAAUUACUUCUGCGCACAAUGCAACAAUAUUCUCGAUGUUAUACCAUGGGGUCUUAAUGUCACAUGUAAAGAAGUAUGGGAGGGCUCCUUAGACUCACCACAAGAGUUGUUAGAUUUAGUGAAUAUAGGAAUAUGUGAACUAGAAUACAAACCCCUGGUUGAACACGUAUGUGUGGACAAAUAUCUCAGACAACCAGACUGCAUGGCUCAGUCCACUGGAUGCCUUCCAAAAUACUCAGACUUGUGUUAUUAUGGGUAUCAAAUGCCUGUUACGAUGGGUUAUUCACAAGAAUCGUUUAAGAAUGUUUAUUGUUUAAUGUGUGCUGUAUUUGAAGGGUUCCCAUUAGAUCAAAUUUCAUGUGAUUUCUAUGGGGAGGCCCCCGGUGUGGUAGGACCUGAUCGUGGAGAACUUGCCAAAUUUUCAUUCGGAAUUCUAGUUGAUUAUAAUCCUUCAGCUGGAAACAAGGUUGGAUUCAUUUUUAAGGAUGACAUAAAAACAUUUGGAUGUGGUCUGGCUAAUUCAGAAAAUUUGGACUGUGUUUCUUACUGUGCAGACGGAUUUCAAUACACUAAUGGGGAAUGUGUCUUAAAAUAUCAUACUUAUGAUAUGACUGUAUCUGGUAAAUGGUCAACACCAGACCCUUGGAUACUAGAUAUCAUUGAAAUAUGGCGAAGUUUAAAGAAAACUUUAGUAGAACUUUUCCUUGAGGUACUGGAGCCAUGCAUUGUUGAGGAGAUAAAAUUGGAACCUAGUUUGAAUGACCAAUUUUCAAGAGAUAAAUCUAUCCAGUUUGGUAUAUCAAGUAAGUACAAAUUGAAAGUUGACAACAAAAUGCCAUUUGAUGAAAUUCACACAACUUUAUUCAACGAUAUUCUCACAGAAACUAUUUCUGCUCACCCAAAAAGAACACAUGAUACACUUAACCUGAAUGAAGUAUGUGUAAGUUUAUUUGGCGAAAGGUCGUGUUGGAAUCAUGGGCGUGUUACAAAGUCGGGAGAAAUUAUUGUAGCUGACAAUGCGCCCCUAUAUGAAGCAAACAGAACCAACCAAUCAGCAAUUGCAAUAUCAAUUCCCCUUGUGACAUACAACGUGACAGAUUGUCCCCGUAAACCUGUUGACCCCAAUUCUAUUGAGAUAUUAACCAAUGGGAGCGUAGUAUCCAUUGACACUGAGAAUCUUCUUUCAGAAGACGAUUUUAUAUUGAUUGGGAAUAUGGUAUAUGUUUGUGUGAAUGAAACUUGGAAGUUUGAUAAUUGGACUGCAGUAUGGAAGUAUGAUGACACAAUGGGGCUAUUAACAAUCAUAUGUACCACACUUUCACUUGUCUGUAUGUUCAUUAGACUCAUUCUUCAACCAUUUGUUCCACUGUUUCAAAAUUUUCCAGGAAAAUUACAGUUUUCAUUUAUCUUGUCAUUGUUUCUUGCAAGUUUGUUAUUUCUGAUUGGGCCAAAUUGUAUUCACAUCAACGAACUAUGUGUUACACUUGGGGUUUUAAUCCACUGGAGUUACUUGGCAGUUUUCACAUGGACAGUGAUCAUAGCAAGAGAUAUGUUCUAUAUAUUCUCUCCCUCAAGUUUUGCCAAAUCAACUGACACAAAUGUUUCCGUCCUGAAACUGUACACACUUCUUGCAUGGGGUAUUCCAGCUGUCAUAGUGGCAAUAUCUUUAGGUCUUGAUUUUUCUGAUAUAGACCCUGCUUUCAAACCGAUGUAUGGUAGGGGAAUUUGCUGGAUAUCACAGAGAUAUGCUCUCUUGAUAUUUUUUACCACCCCUAUCGCCGUUUCAAUUCUGGUCAAUAUAGGGUUCUUCAUACCAACAGCCAUUAGUCUUUGGAAAUCAACGAAACAACGAGUUCAAAGCUCCAACCAGACUUCAGAAUAUCCUUUUGGUAUAUACGCCAAGUUAUUCUGUCUAAUGGGUUUCACAUGGAUUUUUGCAUUCAUAGCACCAUACAACAUAGCUUUAUGGUAUAUCUUCAUUGUGUUAAAUGCAAGUCAAGGGGUGUAUAUAUUCCUUGCCUUUGUGUUAAGAAAACAAGUUUGGGAUAGUCUCACUUUCACAAAAGACUCCAAAAAAUCAAAUCCAAAAACAAGUUCUUCAUAUCUAUCUUCAAAAUCAACAAUAUCACAGCAGAAUGUACUGAUCAGUAAACAGGACAGAGAAACAGCACAAAGUGCAAAAAUAAGCGAGGAUGCAAAACAUGAAGAUUCACAUAUUGAUUCUGUAAAAUUAAAUUUGAGCGGGGAAAUGAUAAAUGUCAUAGAAAUGAAACGUGGCAUGGAUAUGAAACGUGACGCAGAAAUGGAGAUGACAUAAAUUGUAAUGUGACAAAGAAAUGAAAGGUGACAUGAAAUUAAAUGUGACAUAAAAAUGAUUAUGAUAUAAGAAUGUGUUGUGACAUAAAAGUGUAAGGUGAUAACAAUAAGAAAGAGAAGUAAAAGAGGAAAAUAAAUAUAUUGUACAUAUGUACAAUCUUUUUUAUUUAUACAUGAUUAUCUAUUCAUUUUAUCAAUUACACAGGAUGUAAAUACAAAGGCUUUCAAAUCACUUCAUUAUAUAUACAGCACUGUCCUCAUGGUGGCUGUUAAGGACUAGGCAAUUUUGAAACAUGUGUUAUAUAACGGUAGUGUUUCAUAAUAUUUUACUGAAUAUCAUACCUAUAACCAUUUUUUCUUACCAUUGCAAUCAUGAUAAAAUGCACAAAAAUCAAAAAUUUAGAAAUACAUUUCUCAAUUAUGAUGUAAUCUUCAUGAAUUUUCUUAUUUUCAUCACCUUGUAAUCCUCAAUACGCAGUAACACAGACAAAAUAAAAUAAUUGUAAAUAUAUGACACUGCCAAUGUUCCUUGCCAUAAUAAAGUUU